AUGGACGCCACGAGCGGGUUAUGUUUGACAAGAUCACCUCCCGGAUCCAGAAGCUCUGCUAUGGCCUCAACUUGGAUUUUGUGGAUCCCGCUCAAAUCACCAUGAAGGUGAUCCAGGGUCUGUACAGUGGGGUGACCACGGUCGAACUGGACACGCUGGCGGCCGAGACGGCAGCCACUCUCACAACCAAGUACCCCGACUACGCCAUCCUGGCCGCACGCAUCGCGGUCUCCAACCUGCACAAAGAAACGAAGAAAGUCUUUAGCGAUGUGAUGGAAGACCUCUACAGCUAUGUGAACCCACACAACAACAAGCAUUCUCCCAUGAUCUCCAAACAAACCCUGGACAUUGUCCAAGCCAACAAGGAUACCCUGGAGCGAUCUUAUCUUCUGAAAAUCAAUUCUAAAGUGGCCGAGCGUCCCCAGCACAUGCUGAUGAGGGUCUCGGUGGGCAUCCACAAGAACGACAUCGAGGCGGCCAUUGAGACCUACAACCUCCUGUCCGAGAAGUGGUUCACCCACGCUUCCCCCACCCUCUUCAACGCCGGCACCAACCGCCCUCAGCUCUCCAGCUGCUUCCUCCUGUGCAUGAAGGACGACAGCAUCGAGGGCAUCUACGACACCCUGAAGCACUGCGCGCUCAUCUCCAAGUCCGCGGGGGGCAUCGGGGUGGCCGUGAGCUGCAUCCGGGCCACCGGCAGCUACAUUGCUGGGACCAAUGGCAACUCCAACGGGCUGGUCCCCAUGUUGAGGGUCUACAACAACACGGCUCGCUACGUGGACCAAGGGGGGAAUAAGAGACCCGGGGCCUUCGCCAUCUACUUGGAGCCCUGGCACUUCGACAUCUUUGAGUUCCUCGACCUGAAGAAGAACACGGGGAAGGAGGAGCAGAGGGCUCGGGACCUUUUCUACGCGCUCUGGAUCCCGGACCUCUUCAUGAAACGGGUGGAGACCAACCAGGACUGGUCCCUGAUGUGUCCAAGCGAAUGUCCCGGCCUGGAUGAGGUCUGGGGAGAAGAGUUUGAGCGGCUCUACGAAAGCUACGAGAAGCAAGGCCGGGUGCGCCGAGUGGUGAAGGCCCAGCAGCUCUGGUACGCCAUCAUCGAGUCCCAGACGGAGACAGGGACGCCCUACAUGCUCUACAAGGACUCCUGCAACCGGAAGAGCAACCAGCAGAACCUGGGCACCAUCAAGUGCAGCAACCUCUGCACCGAGAUUGUGGAGUACACCAGCCAGGAGGAGGUGGCCGUCUGCAACCUGGCCUCCAUAGCACUGAACAUGUAUGUGACCCCGGAGCACAGCUACGACUUCCAGAGGCUGGCCGAGGUCACCACCGUCAUCGUCCGCAACCUGAACAAGAUCAUCGACAUCAACCACUACCCGGUGCCGGAGGCCGAGACCUCCAACAAGCGCCACCGCCCCAUUGGCAUUGGGGUGCAGGGCCUGGCCGACGCCUUCAUCCUCAUGAGGUUCCCCUUCGAGAGCCCCGAGGCCCAGCUGCUCAACCAGCAGAUCUUCGAGACCAUCUACUACUGGGCCCUGGAGGCCAGCUGCCAGCUCGCCCGGGAGUACGGGCCCUACGAGACCUACCAGGGCAGCCCCGUCAGCAGAGGAAUCCUUCAGUACGACAUGUGGGACGUGACCCCCACGGGCCUUUGGGACUGGAGCGCUCUGAAGGCGAAAAUCGCACAGUACGGGAUCAGGAACAGCCUCCUGGUGGCCCCGAUGCCCACAGCUUCCACGGCUCAGAUUUUGGGGAACAACGAGUCCGUGGAACCCUACACCAGCAACAUCUACACCCGCCGGGUCCUCUCGGGGGAGUUCCAGAUAGUGAACCCCCACUUGCUGAAGGACCUGACCGAGAGGGGCCUGUGGAAUGAGGAGAUGAAGAACCAGAUCAUCUCCUUCAGCGGCUCCAUCCAGAAUAUCCCGGAGAUUCCCGAGGACUUGAAGCAGCUCUACAAGACGGUGUGGGAGAUCUCGCAGAAGACCAUCCUGAAGAUGGCGGCCGACCGGGGGGCCUUCAUCGACCAGAGCCAGUCUCUCAACAUCCACAUUGCGGAGCCCAACUACGGCAAGCUGACCAGUAUGCACUUCUACGGCUGGAAGCAGGGCCUGAAGACGGGGAUGUACUACCUGCGGACGAAGCCGGCGGCCAACCCCAUCCAGUUCACCCUCAACAAGGAGAAGCUGAAGGAGAAGAGCUCCAAGGAAGAGGAGGAGAAGGAGAGGAACACGGCGGCCAUGGUCUGCUCCCUGGAGAACCGGGAGGAGUGCCUGAUGUGCGGGUCUUAA